AUGGUUAUGGAAAAUGAUAUGUUAUGGAAAUGUGAUAUAGAGAUUUGCCAUCAGAAAGUCAGAAUAAUUAGAGGUUUUGUUUCGUUAUUUCAAAAAUUAAUAUAUAUUCUGAUAUUAUCGCUUAUUGAUAAUAUUUCCUUGUCAGACAGUUUACUAAAUAAACUAAAAGAUAUUAACAUAACAUCUUCCCUAAAAAAAGCAAUAGAUAUUUCUAAUAGUGAAAUAAAUUGA